AUGAGCUUCACACAUUUAUAGCUAAGUGGAUGGACCUUGAGACCAUACUCUUAAGUGAAAUAAAUCGGGCACAGGAAUGGUGCGACCAGAGAAAAGCAACCAGAGUUCCACCUCUAAAAACAGACUCAAUUCAUUCCUGUAUAAGAUUAAUGGAGAUGUGUACAAUGAAGAGAAUUUUCAACAGGAAUACAGAAGGAAGGUCUCUUCCUCAGGGACCACGAACACCGAUGUCACCCCCAUCAGACACCAAGUCCUGUGCCACUGCUCCUGGCACAAGUUCCUGAGAUGCAUGGUUACUAUCUUUCCCUUCCUGGAAUGGAUGUGUCUGUAUCGAUUCAUGGACUGCCUUCUUGGAGAUUUACUUGCUGGCUUAAGUGUUGGCCUCGUGCAGGUUCCGCAAGGUCUGGUACUUAGUUUGCUGACGAGGCAACUGAUUCCCCCUCUCAAUGUCGCCUAUGCAGCUUUCUGUUCCUCCAUAGUGUACGUAAUUUUUGGAUCAUGUCAUCAAAUGUCCAUUGGCCCCUUCUUCCUCGUGAGUGCCCUGAUGAUCAACGUCCUGAAGGAGAAGCCAUUCAACGAAGGCCACCUGCUCUUGGGAACGUUCCUCAAGGAUGACUUUACUGUCCCUUCCUACUUUGACAACUACAACAAGUCCUUAAGUGUGGUGGCAGCCACAUCGUUUCUGACUGGGCUGAUUCAGCUCUCCAUGGGCAUGCUGGGGAUGGGCUUCAUGGCCACCUACUUCCUGGAGGCUAUGAUCAGCGCUUACCUGGCUGCAGUGGCCCUGCACCUCGUGCUAUCCCAGCUGCCUUGUGUCUUCGGGGUGAUGAUUACUUUCCACGCUGGUCCUGUUGCCUUCUUCUACAACAUACUUAACUACUGUGUGGCUCUCCCAAAAGCUAAUUCCACCAGCAUCCUACUCUUUCUAACUGCUAUUGUUGCUCUGAGAACCAACAAGUGUAUCCGAAUCUCUUUCAAUCAUUAUCCCAUCGAAUUCCCCAUGGAAUUAUUUCUGGAUUUAAUAGCCAUCGGCCUUUGCAAUGUCAUCAGCUCCUGUUUCAGAGCUUCCGUGUUUACUGGUGCUGUGGCCAGGACUAUAAUCCAAGAUAAAUCUGGAGGAAGACAGCAGUUUGCAUCUCUGAUAGGCACAGGUGUGAUGCUGCUCCUGAUGGUGAAGGUGGGAAGCUUCUUCUAUGAACUGCCUAAUGCUGUGCUGGCUGCUAUUAUUCUGAGCAAUGUCAUUCCUUACCUUGAAGCCAUUUACAACCUCCCCAGCCUGUGGAGGCAGAACCAGUAUGACUGUGUUACCUGGAUGGUGACAUUCACAUCCACGAUCUUCCUGGGACUGGACAUUGGACUGCUCAUCUCGCUGCUUUUCUCUUUCUUCAUCAUCACUGUCCAUUCGCACAGAACAGAGAUUACCCGCCUGGGCCAGAUCCCCAACACCAACAUUUACAAGAGCAUCACUGACUACUGGGAGUUCACAAAUAUUCCUGGGGUGAAAAUCUUCCAGUGCUGCAACGCCAUCACCUUCAUAAACGUGUACUACCUGAAACACAGGCUGCUGAGAGAGCUCGGCAUGGUGAGGGUGCCUCUGGAGGAGGAAGAGAUGUUCAGCCUGUUUAAUCAAAGCGACACCAGCCUGGGGGAAGAGAAGAUCUGCAAGUGCUCCUGUGACUGUGAGGACCUGGAGCCGCCACCCAGGAUCUCCUACACAGAAAGAUAUGAAUACAGGGAUUUUGACUCAUCCUCCAAUAACCUGAUUCAUUGCACACCUCUGGAGCCCACGACCCUAAGCCAAAGCACAUCCGAAGGGCGUGAUGAGGAGAUGCCACAUGCAGGGCCUUCCACAUCUCAGAGACAUCACGGGGAGACCUAUGAGAAUGUGGACAAAGGCUGGCCUUCCAGCAACACCUUACAGAAGGCCUUGGCCUCGCUGCGGGACACUGGUGCAGAUCCAGACCCAGCAAAGACAAGACUGGAUGCCCCUCACUCCGAUGUGGCUCUGCGACCCAGCACCCACACCAUCAUCCUGGAUUUCUCCUUGGUGCACUACGUGGAUUCUCAGGCCUUGGUCGUAUUAAGACAGAUGUGCAGUGCUUUCCAAAAUGCCAACAUUUUGGUGCUCAUCACCGGGUGUCACUCCUGUGUGGUCAGGGAAUUUGAGAAGAAUGAUUUCUUUGACAAUGGCAUCACCAAGGCCCACCUGUUCCUCACCCUGCACGAUGCCGUGCUGUUCACCUUGUCCAGGAAUGCUGUGGAUAGCUCUGAGCUGAGCAUCGAUGAAUGUGAGACAGUGAUCCAGGAAACCUCCUCCAACUCAGACAAGGCACUUAAGAGAGAGAAGACUCGGAGAGAAAAUGACAAGUCAAGAUAUGAGAAGAGUUGUGGUUUUCUAGAAAGCUCCAGAAACGCAAGCCAACGCUUCCCCAAGGCCCAGGGACCUGAAGAGGAGUCGCUGGCAUUUGACUUGGAUCUGGACACCACGAGGGAGUCAGAAGAGCCCAGUGGGCUGGGUCUCAGUAUAGACCUGGACCAGCCCCUGCACAGCGGGCCUGAGCUGGAGCCUGAGACCGAGCCGGAGUCCGAGACGGAGCUUGAGAAGGAGCCUGAGCUGGAGGAGUCCCAGACAGACCUGGAGUUGGAAAGGCAGCCGGAGCCCAGGUCGAGGCCUUACACGUACCCUCGGCAAUACUACCAGCCGGUGUACCACGCUCAGGCUCCCGGCUCCCAGCCCCCGCUUUCCCCUCGGAUGCGGUCAGCCGAGAGGAGACACAAGUAUCUGGACCCAGACUCACCUGAGGGCAACACGGAGGAGGCCUGGGAGGUGAACUAGAAAUAAGGGGUCCGAGGACCUGGCAACCCCCCCCCCUCGCUCGAGAGGUUGCUUGUUCAUAAGUCCCACACUGGGCACAUGCUGGCAGCCUUGCUUUGUGACUUGUCCACCUGCUGCCAUUUUCCUCACUUGGCAGCAGGGUCACAUGCUCAGGCCACACUGCCAAAUGCCAGCACUCACCCAUGCAGGCCCACUCAGGCUCCCCUCAUCCCACCUUCAGCUGACAUUCCAGUGAAGGAUUCCCUUCUUCACGUGCCUGGUGCCUCUGGGGUUUGUGCCAGAACAUCUCUCCCUUACUCCUCAUUUCUGUUCCCCAUGCCCCAGAGAGAAGAGGCUCAAUAAAACAUGUAGCCAGUUACAUUUGC